AUGACCACGCGCUCUGCAUCGCAUGCUGGAUCUUGGUACAAGGCUAAUCGUACAGCUCUUUCCAGCGAGUUGGAGGGGUAUCUGGCGGCCGUUCCAGCAGCUUUUGACGAGCAACAGCUACCUAUCCCCAAAGCUAGAGUCAUAAUCGCGCCCCACGCAGGUUAUGAUUAUUGCGCGGACAAUGCAGCCUGGGCAUACAAGUCCCUCGACCUCUCAAACGCAAAACGAAUCUUCCUCCUCGGACCCUCACAUACCAUAUACCUGUCCGGCUGUGCCAUCACAAGCCAUGCCAAAUAUGCCACUCCGCUAGGAGACUUGGUGGUCGACAGAGCCACGGUCGAAGAGCUCAAGGCCACGGGCAAGUUCGACAGUAUCCCCCGCGACGUGGAUGAAGCCGAGCACAGUUUGGAAAUGCACUGCCCAUACAUUUACACCAUGUUGUCCCGCCAUUUCGACUCUCCAGCAGACUAUCCCAAGCUUGUACCCGUCAUGGUCGGAAACACCGCUCCCGCCGCGGAGAAGGAAUACGGGAAGCUCUUCUCCUCCUACCUUGCGGACCCCACCUCGGUCUUCGUGAUCUCGUCGGAUUUCUGCCAUUGGGGAGGGAGAUUCAGAUAUACAUACUACAUACCCAACAACCCGUCACCAGAAGUGGUCAGUCAGGGCGGUGGCCACAACCUGCCGAAGUCGCGCAAUGCUGCCACGCCGACGGAUCCCCCCAUCCACGAAAGCAUUGAGAAGUUGGAUCGUAUGUCAAUGGAUGCAAUCGAAGCAGGCACCCACGACAGCUUCUUGGAUAACAUGGACAAAACAGACAAUACUGUUUGCGGAAGACAUCCCAUUGGUGUCGUGCUAGCCGCUAUUGAUGUUCUGAGGGAAGCAGGGACGAUUCCAUCGGAUCAUGGAUACUUCAAGUUCACACGAUACUCGCGAAGUAGUGAUCCGGUAGAUGUGUCUGAUUCUUCGGUUAGUUAUGCUAGUGCGUAUGCUACUAUCUGA